UCCGCUCGGUGGGUUUUUUGUCAGUCUCAGUAACGCCGCUGGCUUCUGGGCUGGAAGGCGCUUUAUAAGGCGUGCCCUGCGUGGGGGAAGCCGCGGCCCGGCGGCACGGCUGGCGGCCUGCCCAACGGCUGCGGGCCGGCGGGGCUCCCGCAGCUCCCAGCCUCGCCUCGUUGUGAAGGGCGGGGAGGGCGGCGCCGGGAGGGCUGUGCCGAGCUCCGAAGCGUGUGUCGGGGAGUCGAGUCAUCGCCGUGCUCCAUCUUCAUUUCGUGCCUUGUGAGAGAGAGCGGGAAGAGUGGCUGAGGCCAGCGGAAUGAAACUGAAAGCACCUGUGAAAAUGCUUUGAUUCGAGCGUUUCUCUGCUCCCUUUCACCUGUCACGUAUUUUUUGCUUCAGCUGUUGCUGUUGUCUUCCUGUAAUGGCUUCUUUAUUGCCGGAUCUUGCUGCUGGAGCGUUGGCAGUAGCAGACCUUCUGUUGUGUAGGUUGGAGAUCCAGCCCCGCUUGUGCUGUGCUGAUUUGGAUAGCUGAUGCUGCACCCAGAGGGAAGCACGGCGUGCUUUAGCUUUUGGGCUGGCGAUGGGACUGUAGCUCUGCACUCACUGGCGCUGCCCCGUGCUGCCUGAGAUGCUCUGUGAGUGCAGAGAGGAUUGGGAGCUCACAGCUGGGACAUCAGUGCUUGUGUGCAAGCAGAGUGCCAGAGCAGAAGGCUGAUAUGUGCCUCUAACAGUACCUGCGCUGAUGCCUUAGAUUUCUUGCAUAGAUUUAUCCUAUGCUUUUUGUGCUCUACUUUCUUGUCUAAAAUAAAAAUCAUGCAUCGCUGUAGACAAGUGUUGCUGUGUGUCGUUGCCAGACGAUGAUCCUGAGUCAUUGCUGUAGAAGGAAAACAUUUUUUAAAUGCCAAGUCUUCUGGCUGUCUUGUAGAAUCAGAAUGGUGCACUCACUGAAGCACUGAUGGAGUAGGGUUAGUUCUUACAGCUGUUGUAUGGAGAAAAAAACGUCUGUGCGUUUUAUAUUCCUGUGUAAUUGCUUGUUUAUGUCUGUGUUGCGUCCUUGACACUGCUAAGUGUUUUUCUUCUAGUAGCUGCGAGGUGCCUUUGGAAGCUGCAUCUGUUGUUGAGAGCUUCUUUCUUUCGUAUUUGGAAAGUGGUGGUUGCUGGAGAAGUAGGCAGUUGGUGACAGAGAAAGGUGGUGCUUUCCCAGGAGCUUCCUUUUUUUGGAAGGCUUUUCUUGACUCUCUACUCCAGAGAGCUCAUAUGCUGUCAAACAGCCUUUCCUAAAAUCAAAGUCAGAAUGGUAGCCUCCUGUAUAAUACUGAGUUUUCAGAGGAAACAACUGACAAUGUCUCAGAAUCCCCACAAGCCACAUUCAAGCGAAGAAAAGUUGAGUGCCUUGGAGGAUGAUCAAGAGAGCUUGGACAACUCGGAGCAGUCUAUCAGGAACAGAAUACAACAAAGUGUUCCAGGUUCGCAUGGAGAUGAUACACCAAAGUCUAGCCCUCCUCGGCCCGUGUCAGUGGAAGAGUUAAUGGAAACAGCUAAGGGAGUAACCAACAUGGCCCUAGUACACGAGAUUGUUGUUGAUAGAGACUUCCAGAUCAAGCCAGCUGAGUUACCAGAACACAGCUUGGAAAAAAAAGUAAGGGAGAUUGUGCACAAAGUUUUCUGGGAUUGUCUGGAAGCUCAGCUGAAGGAAGAGCCACCGACAUACGACCACGCAAUUAAACUGUUGGGAGAAAUUAAAGAGAAUCUUCUGUCUUUUUUAUUUCCUGGUCAUACAAGAUUAAGAAACCAGAUUAUGGAAGUUCUUGAUCUGGAUUUGAUAAAACAGGAGGCCGAAAAUGGGGCUCUGGACAUUGCUAAGUUGAUAGAAUUUGUUAUUGGAAUGAUGGGGACUCUCUGUGCUCCAGCUCGAGAUGAAGAAAUUAAGAAACUGAAAGAUAUACGUGAAAUAGUUCCUCUCUUCAGAGCAAUUUUCUCUGUGUUAGACCUAAUGAAAAUGGAUAUGGCAAACUUCGCUAUCACUAGUAUUAGACCAAAAUUAAUGCAGCAGUCUGCUGAAUAUGAAAGAAAGAAGUUUCAGGAGUUUCUUGAGAAACAGCCAAAUUCUUUAGACCUUGUCACAGACUGGUUGCAGGAAGCAGCAGAUGAUCUUGCAAAGCUGAGACAUAAAAAGUUACCUCCCCCCAGCAGUGCUGUUGGUGCUGCUGGUGGAGCUGCUGCGUUGUGCUCCACUGCCAUACAGAAUCAGGCAUAUCUGAAGCUGCUGAAGUGGGAUCACACAAACAGGCCUUUCCCAGAAACAGUGCUGAUGGACCAGAGGCGCUUUCAGGAAAUACAGCUGGAACUGGAGCAGCUCCUCAUGGCUGGGACUGUCCUUCUGGUCACGUUCAAUGCAGCGGGCGCAGCCCUCAUCGAUGUGCCUGGAUUUGCUGAGAAAAUCAAAACCAUUGUCAGGGUGCUGCUGACAGGAAUGCAUCUCCCCUCCUUUAACCUGAAGGAGUCUUUGGCCACCAUUGGUGAGAAGGUGUGUGCUGAAGUCAACGGCUGCCUUUCCCAGCAUGGCUUUGCACCGUUCACAGCUGAGAAAGAGACUGUGCUGAAAGGACAGAUCCAAGCAGUGGCCAACCCUGAUAACACCAUCUGUAAACUAAUAGAUUCUCGAAUUCAGAAGUUUCUGGAGAAUUGUCUUGCAUCUGGUCACCAGAAAGCGGUACCGACUGUUCCUGGAGGAUUAGGCCCUAUUCAGAGAGAGCUGGAAGAGAUUGCUGUCAAGUAUGUUCGUCUUGUCAACUACAACAAGAUGGUCUUCAGUCCUUACUACGAUGCUGUUCUUGGCAAAAUACUGACUAAGGAAGAACCCCAGCUUGUCGGGGUGCCGGAGGAAUCGUGAGCACAGUUUGUGUACCAAUGCAGUAUUAAUUUCAUCAGCUAUUUUGAAAAAUUGCACCCGUAUUUGUCUAGGAAAACAGCUCUCCAUGUCAAUACUAUUUCCUUUUAAGUCACUCAUGCUGCCCGAUGAGGAAAAUGCGUGAAUUGCAAUAGGGGUUCUGAGAUAAGUGAUGAAGGAGGGAUACAUUUUUAAUGUAAGUAUGCAACUUCUGUGAGGGAGUGUUGUGGUAGUUUUCUGGCUAUAAGAUUUCCAGGCAGGUGCUAUGUAGGAAAAGUUAAACAGCCAAACUCUGUUCUUAAGUGGUUCAUUUUAGUGUUUUUUAUUCUCAUUUGUCGUGAAUUUGGUUUUGCUCAUCCACAGCAGGUUAGCAGUGGUCCUUCCCUGCAGGGAAAUGUGGCUUUACAAAAAGAUCUUACUUUAAAGACUUCAGUAAGCUAAAACUCUAGGUAGGAGAAACCUUAACAGGCGAAAGACAAAGCCAAACAGCACUUACUGUAUCAUUAUGGUUGGUGUGGUAGGCUACUAAGUUUUUCUUUCAGCAUUUUUCUGCAUUUUUAAUAGCUUUUUUUUUGCUGUUUACCUGCAGAUGUUACAGAAACAGAGUGUAUUUUUGUAGCAAAUUUUCUGGUUAUUGGGUAACUGUCCUCUGCUUUGUACAGUACUUAACAAGGUGGCAAUCUUACAGAUUGCAGCUGUAUUUAUCUCCUGUAAAGACUUCAGAAAGGCAGAGCUGAAAUGUUUUGAUAAAAGUGGCGUUUCUUACCUUUUUUUUGCUAGUAGUUUUUAUGUGAAAUACUGAUUUUGAAGUUAAUCUGUGCCAUUUACAGAAGGUGGACUUUAAGUGUGUUAAACUUUAGGACAAAAGUUCUACUUGUUUUUUAAAACUACUACUUGAGAUGGCUGCGUUUUCAGUCAUGUCUUCAAGGAUAUCCAGGAGGUGCAGAGCACUAAUUAAAGUGCGAGUGAAUUUAAAUUGUAGUGGGAAGUGCAUUAUUUAAUAUUAGUUUGAAUACGCAAUGAAUGUUUUCAAUAGAAGAUUUUAUUCUUUUUUACAUUACAGAGGUGAUUUUAAAACCUUAAAUAUUGAAGGUCUUGAAUUUCAUUAGUUAUGUGUUGUAUAGAUGAGGGUUCACAGAAGAGCUCAGUGAUCUUGCAGCCUUAUUGCAGUUUUAAGCUCAGCUAGGAGGUAAGUGCAGUUCAAGUUUUCCUCUAGCUCUUGAGCUCCAUUAUUGUUUUCAUAAAUUCAUCAAAUUUUGAUUACUAAGUUCAUAAUUAUAAACAGUAAGUGUCCAAAACACUAGACUGUACCCAAAAUGUUGUUUUCUCUAAAAAAAAAACCAAAAAAACAAAAAAACCACCAAAACCAGUGAUGUGAAAUGAAUACAUGGCCCUCUUAUUGCUGACAUCCAGGUUCAUUUCAUUAAUCAACUAAUCAACCAACAUAACAGCCCAUCUAAAAGAAAGCGCUUGGUUGGGAAUCAGUGUUGAUGCUUUCUUUGCUGGCUUUCUCCUGAAUGUCAGCAGGCUGAAACUGCUGUGAGUUCAGAGGCAGAGGGGUUAAGCAAGAGCUUUUGUUCUGUAUUAGCCUCUGCAACUAUAAUGUGGGUUUUUUCUCACUCAUUACAACCCUGCAUUUCCCAAGGGGGAAAAAAACCCUAACAGUGAAACUUGAGUAAAAGAUCACUUUUCCCUUGGCCAAGUUUACUCAAAUAGCAGUGUGGAUGUCUUUGGUAGCUCAAAAGGGAGUAGGUUGGUUAGCCAACAAAAAGUAGAGUGGGUUUUUGAUAUGGUCACAGGAUCACAGAAUCACAGAGUUGUAGGGGUUGGAAGGGACCUCCAGAGAUCGAGUCCAACCCCCUGCCAAAGCAGGUUCCCUACAGCAGGUCGCACAGGUCGGCAUCCAGGCAGGUCUGGAACAUCUCCAGAGAAGGAGACUCCACCACCUCCCUGGGCAGCCUGUUCCAGUGCUCCGUCACCUCACUGUAAAGAAGUUCUUGUGCACAUUGGUGCACAACUUCCUAUGCUGCAGUUUCCAGCCGUUUCCCCUUGUCCUGUCUCCACUCACCACUGAAAACAGUCUGGCCUCGCCAUUCUGCCCCCCACACCUUAGAUAUUUAUAGACCUGGAUCAGGUCCCCUCUCAGUCUCCUUUUCUCAAGGCUGAACAGACCCAGUUCACUCAGCCUUUCCUCAUAGCAGAGAUGCUCCAGGCCCUUCACCAUUUUUGUGGCCCUCCGCUGGACUCUUUCCAAGAGAUCCCUGUCUUUUUUGUACUGGGGAGCCCAGAACUGGAUGCAGUGCUCCAGAUGAGGCCUCACCAGGGCAGAGUAGAGGGGGAGGAUCACCUCCCUCGACCUGCUGGCCACGCUCUUUUUAAUGCACCCCAGGAUGCCAUUGGCCCUCUUGGCCACAAGGGCACACUGCUGGCUCAUGGCCGACCUGUCAUCCACCAGGACACCCAGGUCCCUUUCCGCAGAGCUCCCCUCCAGCAGCUCAUCCCCCAACCUGUACUGGUGCAUGCAAUUAUACCUCCCCAGAUGCAAGACUCUACACUUGCUUUUGUUAAACCUCAUCUGGUUUUUUCUUGCCCAGCUCUCCAGCCUGUCCAGGUCUUGCUGAAUGGCAGCACAGCCUUCAGGCGUGUCAGCCAAUCCUCCCAACUUCGUAUCAUCAGCAAUAUCAUCAACAUCAUCAGCAGUCAGGAUACUACAGAGGUCUUCAAGGUUUCUGCAGCUCCUUACUGUACUUUGUUAUUAGUCCGGAAUCCAUCUUGAAAUACAGUCUCUAGCUCUGGAGCUGCAAAAAAAUUAAUUCAGUAGUCUGGGUAAUAAAGGAACUACUCAAAGCAUGUUUGCAGUUUAAAAAACAAUACAAAACAGAAAAACCUGUUUUCCUUUUUGUAAUUGAGAGUUGCUGAAGUUUAGAACCGAAUGCUGUUGUUUUACUAUUCCCCAGAGGCUUCUUUUAAAGGCCUCCAAACUAAGCAUAGGACAAGCAGUUGGAUGUUGUGAGGUGCUGGUCUCAGGGAUGCAGGGAAGAACAGCACAGUGUUUAGAAAAGCACGUGACUGAUGGCAGAAUGAGUGGGACUGAGUUAUGGGCAGGUAAGGUGGUACUUACCGGAGUGCUCCCAGCCUGUGACUGCCUACUCCAGCCUGCUGUGACGUGGGAGCACAGACUGUGCUGCUGCUCAUGCACGUGUACUGCUCACAGGGUAUAUCCAGUAAGUUCAUCUCUUCUCUCAGUAGGGAUCUGUCCUGGGCUUAGCGUAGGAAAAAAUGCAAUGCUCACACCUGGCUCUGGGCUUGCCUUUGGGGGUUACACACUGGAAACCUGGAGUGCCUCUGUUUCUUUAAGCUUCUGUAGGCCUGGCCACUGGAAAAGAUCUAAAAGAGACUGGAAGAGGUUCCCACGAAAAAUCACGUUAGUGACUUUUCCCUGGUCAUUGUUUAAUGAUUAUCAUUGACAGAUAGUUUCUCUGCAUUGUCUUUAAAAGCAAUAGGCAGAUGUAAUUAAGUGACAGAGCAAAAAAGAAAAGGUAGGAUUGAUAUGGCUGCUGUACCUUACCUCUAUGUCAGUAUUCAUACAUGCGCUGUUCCAUCUUUUCUUUCUGGUAGAUAGGAGCAAUGACCUACAGUUAUCUCUACUGCUGGUGGUGGGAAUGUCCUUCAGCUUGUCUGGGUACCUGAAUUCCCUGUCCAUCGUGGGUGUUCUUACAGUCUCAGGAGAGCACAGUCCUGAAUAGUCCAUUACAAGUUAAAAUCUAAAGUAUAUAUAGUAACUGCUUCAAAAGUUCAUAUGGCUUUUCUUUUUUUAUGAGCUCGUUUAAAAGUAACCAGUUAACCUCAGUAGCUAAUAUAUUAACACUUAAUCAUGUGCAAGCUAAGUGGAGGACUAAUGCAGGUGUCCAGGAACAGGCUGCAGUGGCUAGUACUCCUGGCCAGCCCACAUUACAGACCUGUAACUGGUCUGUGUUACAUUGGUAACUUCUUUAAACAGUCCUGGAAUUCAAAGUAAAGGAAUACUGUUUCCUCUAGAGAAACUGAACAGAAAGCUAAUUCCUGUAUGUACGCUCUGAUCAAUUUCCUGUGAUGGUUUUAAUUCUUGGUAACAUUGCUUUCAAAGUUGCUGAGUAGUAUUUAAAAAGUAAUUUGUUGUGUUUGAAUAAAAGCAGAAUGAGGCAUGA